AUGCAACACUCGUUGACACACGCUCCUUUAUUCAUGCACGGCGAGCCAGAACCUAGCUAUAGCCUACGUCUCUUUGGAGAUGCAGACCGGAUUAGUCUCAAGGAAGUGGAAGUCAUGGAGAAUUUGCACCGGGAAAUUGCUCUAAAGCGGCAAGCACAGCAAGAAGAUAGGACAUCACGAUCAUAUACGUGCGAAAGAAAACCUUACUCCAGCCAAUCAUCUAUCCUCGCUGCUAAAUUUUGGAAGCUUGGUAUCACACCACCUCAACACGAUGAGAGUCCAGACGAGUUGCUGAUCGGCGCAGCUAGGCGCCUAGAUCACAUAGUUGGUGACCGGAAGGCGUCUUGGAGAGUUGUUCCUACUGCGACCAACCAGCAAUAUCCAACCAGCAAAUAUUUGUACCCCAAAAAGGGAGAGCGAUACAAGAGAUGCACGCCAUCUCUUACACAAAAUUGCAUGUAUGCAAGUGGUUGUAGUGACGCUAUGGACGGUUCUUCUCCUGCUCCAAGAACAUUUUUUUUGAGAACACAGAAAACCCCUACCACUUCGGUGUGCCGUGGAGAAAAUAGCUCACACAACGGUGUGGAAGGACUGGAAGACAGCCGAGUACCGGGAAAGGGUGCACCUCUUUUGGUGGUGACAUCACCAGAGGCUACUCAGCUACGCCGACUAUCAGUGCGGUCACCAAUCCUACGACUCACGCACACAUUGGAGACGUCUCCUGUUUCUAGGACUUCCCGUACCAAGUCUCUGAAGUCACCUAGUGCAUGGAUGGAUACGCUCCCAAGCAUGGAAGAUGUAAAGUGUGUGACCUCGUUGACUCCAGUAUGUAAGACCGCGAGACUGAGAGCUGAGUCCGGGGCAGUUUCUUCUCCUGCCGAGCCCUCUGGUGAAGCACAGGGCUUGGCCUUGAGUCCUACCGUGUCCUACACUCUGACACUCAGCAGCUAA